GUGAUCGAUGUGAUAAGUUGUGAAAAAUGUGUGUAAAAAUGAUACAGUUGGCUAUCAUCAAUGCCAAGAUGCUGUUACAGUCAGAGCCAUUAUGAUACACGUUUAAUUGCAGAUCGAUUAAAAACAAACUCACGGAGUGUAAACACUUUUUAAAAUAAAUGUAACGUCUAUCUGUGCGCAAAAUGCAGGUAGUGCAUUUCACCUGGGGUCUUCUUUGGUUUCUUCUAUCUACUUUUCCAGUUAAUGCUGCCAAAUACAACAUUACAUUGUCUAACGAUGGCCCUGUGGUGUUAGGUGGAACUAUUACAUUUAAAGCUGAUUUUUUUGAAAGUAAUGGUGAAAGACCAUCGGGUACUUUUAAGUAUCAAUGGAGAGAUAAUGCAUUAUCACCCCAUGAAUACGAGACAGAGGGAACAUCAAAUACUACAACAUACUGGAGUAUAAAUUAUCCACGUGAAAAUUAUAGCGUUGGGAUAUAUGAUGUGGAGGUAGUAGUUAGCAAGCAAGAAAUUCUGUGGUGGGAACGUAAAACCAGUGUUCGUACCUCAUUUUAUGUAACAGAAUUUCUUAAUGGUGAUGUUGAAAUCAUACAACCUAAUAAAACAGUGGGAGAUGAAUAUGUUUCUACAGCAUCGGAAGCAAAUAUGACGAUAAAUGUACGCAAAGGAGAUGCAGAUUAUUUGAAGACAGCGACAACAGUAUCCACUUACUGGUUUAUAGACUGCAGAUAUUACGGUCAAACAAGUGAUCUGAACAUCCUUUAUAAUUUCACAAAUCCUGACGUAUCGCACCUUUUAGAAGCACUAGUAGUUGCAUCAUUCGAACCACCGACAACUCUACCACCUCCAAUAACAACAACAGCUACAACUGUCUCACUUCCUACAACCGAACCAAAUGUUACAAUAUCAAAUAUUACUACAGAAGGAGUAGUAACUACUGUGUCGUCGAAUUCUAUUGUAACAGAGAAACCAAUAUCGACAAGUGUGUUGACGUCUGUACCUCCUAAUGUACUAACUACAGCAAUCACGCCAAAUAAUGACAUUACCAACAUAAGUAUUCAUGUACCUUAUAUUUGUUCGAAUGCGACUAUAAUUCCUCCAGAUCCUGAUAAAACUUAUGGGCACUUCACCAAAAGAAUUAAUGUUCGUGCGCCUAUAAUGAAUGUAACAGUGGAGGGCACGAAUUGGAUUCAACCGUGGGACAUGUUGUCCCUGAAUGUAACCUGUAAAGGUUCAGGACCUUUUUACAAGUGCCUUCACUUUCAGCGAGGAAAGUACAAUGUCACUGGUAAUGAAACGUGUGACAGUGUUGUUCAGUUGAAUUCUUGUAAUUUCUCAAUCAUUCAUUAUUUUUUGGAGCCCAGUGUGUACACAAUAUUAAUUAUAAUGAAUAAUGAUGUCAGCAAACAAAUCUAUCCUUUGACAAUAAACAUUUACAAAGUGACUACAAAACCACAAUUAUCAGUGAUCGUUGUGCCUGUCUCUUGUUCACUUGCCGCUGUAGUCCUAAUUGUUUUCGGCAUUGCGUAUUAUAUACAGAGCAGGGCAAGAUUUACAGUGGAAGUUGCAGACUUUGAUUUUGGUCAAAGUAAUCCGGAGAUGGAAUACAAAACGUUCACAGAACGAUUACGAGAUUCAUUUAAUAACACCAUAAGACCAGGAAACAAACGGAUAAGUGGUUACAAGCAUCUCAGUAAUCCUGAACCUCUUCAAUGAUUUUGGAAGUGGAAAAAUAUAAAAUUAUCGAAUAAACAUUAUAAAACUUACAGAAGAUACAAUGAAACUAAAG